CAUCCUCCCGCGCCCGGAGGAGGUGGGGCACGUGAAGAUGUCUGGCGGGGGCCGCUGUGGAGGACCGAAGAGAAAAAGAAAUUGGAAUACAGAACACCUAUUCUUUCCAGGAGGGAGUCCACUUCAGUUGAGAAGAACAGGUCUUAGGACAGUGGGAGCAGCUGCUUCCCUUUCUGAAGAAUGGCUUAGGUGUGGAGAAGGAUUUCAGGACACUUAUGACAAUCAGUCAUUAAUAACUGAAAGGAAGACUGCUACAGGAAAGCAUCUUGAAUUAUCCCCUAAACCCAAAAAAGAAUCUACUGUACCCAAGAGUACUAAUGAUUUUACAGACAUAACAUGGAGCUCCAGUGGGAGUGAUCUGUCAGAUGAAGAUAAAACACUUUGUAAAUCACAAACAGAUAAUGAAAAUGAUUCUAGAAUAGCCAAAUUUUGUAACAGGAAUAUUUUAUGUACAGAAGAUGGGAUCAUUGGAGAUGAAUUGCAGUUUAUUGAGUGGCAAGUUGACAGUGAUAAAGAAGAUACUAGUGAAUGUUGUACAUUUGAAGACAGUGAAAGUGUAGAAAUUUCAGAUUGUGCUUCUUGUGCAAGCAUUCAGUCUUUGACAAGUGACGAGAAGCUGUCUGAGCUUCAUAAGACAAGGUCUACUGAAAUUUUGGAGUAUUCUUCAGAUAGUGAAAGAGAAGAUGGCUCAGAGAAUGUCUUUCUCAUUGAUUCAGAAGCCUCUUACAAACAUCAUAUGGAUUUAGGAUCGGAUAGAAGUCAGGUUAUAGAAAGACCGAUAAAUCCAAGAGUGAAACCUACAGAGGCCAUUUUGUGUACACCUCAGAAAGAGACAAAAUUUCCCAGGACUCCAGAAAAUUCAUCAAAAAAAGGGAAACUUUUAAGAGGUGGACUAGCAGAAAGAAUAAAUGGGCUGCUGAAUCGAGAGAGAUCUGCCAUUUCUAUGUGGAAAUACCAAUAUGCUUCUUCCCCAAAGAUACCUUCAGGUAGAAAAUCUGGCUUAUUAAUGGUGAGAAUUCUUGAGCUGCAUGAAGAAUGCACUAUCCAAGUUGCCAUGUGUGAGCAGUUAGUGGAGCUUCAGGCCUGCAGCACUUCCCAAGGUGAGGCCCCCAAAAUUGGCCUGAAGGUGCUCUUCACCAAGGAGACAGCAGGCUAUCUCAGGGGCCAUCCUCAAGACAUCAUCCAUAUUUACCCUCCCUGGCAAAAGCUUGUUAUACCAAAUGAAAGUUAUCCUGUUAUUCUGAAUACUUAUUUUUGUAAGAAAGUUGUUGCCAAAGAAGAUUCAAAAACAACACAUGAAGUGCACUGUUGGGGCACACCCCUUCAAAGAAGAAACAUCGCUUUGGACCAUAUGUUUAGAUUCAAGAGUCUAAUGAAUGAUUCCCUUGAAAGCCAGGUUAUGUGUAGUGGGCUCACCAUCGUGGCAACAGACUGGACCCAGAGGGACAGAGAAACAAAACAACAUUUCCCUUCCCUACCUGCCCUGAGGGACUCUCUCCUGGAUGCAGUAGAAAGCCAGGGAGCUGACACAUGGUCAGGAGUUGGAGUCCGAGUGGUGGUGCAGAGAGUUUACUCUCUUCCCUACAGGUGUCAAAUGGGAGGUGGCUCAGUUGCUCCACUCAACUCAGAGCCAGCUAAAGUUCGGGUUUGCCUUCUUGUGCAAGAUGCCUGUGGAAUGUUCAGUGAAGUCCACACAGAGGACGUUAUCAUGAAGGACAAACAGUUGGAAGGGAAAUCCUGCAGCCUGACCGGAAUGAAGGUUCUACAAAAGGUCACAAGAGGAAGGGCAGCAGGGCUUUUCAGUUUGAUUGACACCAUGUGGCCUCCAGCAGUGACUCUGGAAAUUGCUGGCUCCAGUCCAUCCUGUGGUGAAGUAAAUGUAAACACUCAUCUACCCUACCCUAGCUUUUGUUAUAUACUCACUGCUCAUCCGAAUUUGGGACAUAUUGACAUAAUUGAAGACCCCAUUUCUAAGCUUUACCAACCUCCAAUUCCCCGCCUCUUAAGAGAAAUUCUCCAGAAUGUUGAUCUCAGUACCCGUUGCAGUUUCUAUGCCAGAGUGAUUUAUCAAAGAUCAAAGCUAAACAGUUUGCUUCUUGCGGAGCAAAGGGAGAUUUGUCUGAUAGUGACUGAUGUCACCUUGCAAAUGCAGAAUGAGAAUGAAGCUAACCUCCCCAAAACCAUGCUGGUUUGUGUGUCUUCCUCAUGUGUGCUGAGCCCAGAAGUCCAGGAGGCACUCUCUGACGCCACCCCUCACAGCUUUCUCUUCAGGGACACAAUCCGAGACCAGGGUCGGAUUGUUUGUGCCGAACGUACUGUCCUCUUGCUUCAAGGAUCCCAUUUGGGUGAGGCCUCUCAAGCCAGGCCCUGUGAGCUGACCGACUCUGUGAGGCUUGAUGAACUGAAUCCUUUCACUCAAGACAAUUCCAUUUGUAGUGUUCGAGGGACUGUGGUUGGUGUGGAUGAGAACACUGCUUUCUCCUGGCCUACAUGUGACCUAUGUGGCAAUGGAAGAUUGGAACAGAGACCAGAAGACAGAGGCAAGUUUUUCUGUGGGGACUGCUCCCGUGUGGUCACCUCCCCUCUUCUCAGAAGGAAUCUGCAGGUUUUCCUGGACUGCCCCUCUCGACCUCAGUGCACUGUGAGGGUCAAGCUGUUACAGAGCAGUAUUUCUUCACUCCUGAGGUUUGCCGCCUGUGAAGAUGGGACUUACGAAGUAAAGAGUAUCCUUGGAAAGGAGGUGGAGUUCUUAAAUUGUUUUGUCCAGUCCAUAACUACCCACCCUGCUAGCUGUGCUGGACUGGAGGAAAUCGAGCUUCUGAGAGCAGGAAGAGCUUAUGUGGAACACCGCCCAGUGCUGUAGGGACUCUGUGACGUGGCUGCUAGGGUGGUGGUGGUGGAGUACCCUUUGGGGUAGUUAUUUGUUAACUAUGGCAGAGUGAAUGUAGUUUAUGAUCUUCAAAUGGAACUUAGAUUUUUCUGGGGCAAAUGUUAGUAAAAGCGUUUUGUAAACUUUAAGUCAAAAUAUCUUUUUCUGGGUUCUCUGUUUUUUAUCUUUCUGAAACUUUAGAAAUGUGGUAUUAAAGUUUAAAUAAGCUUUAAGUAUUCAUAUUUAUUUUAAGCAACAAAGUUAAUACAGCAGGAAAGAAGUCUUAGUUGUAAAGUGUUUAAAAUUUGCCAUGAUUUAACAUGUUUUUCUUACAGUAUGUUUUCAUAUUCUCCCAAAAGUUUAAACCUAUUUUAUGAUGUUACUGUUCUCCUGCAAUAAAUGUCCAUCUAAGUGCUUUGCUUUGCAGUUAAGUGUUUUUGGGGAAAUGUUCGGGAAAAUUAUGUCAAAGGUAAAACUGUUACCAUAAAGUGUAGAUAAGUUAACCCAUGUGAUUAGUUAUACUGUACAGAGAUAGAGUUCACUCUAGAUAGGUCUAUGUAAUCAGGCUGGGUACUGUGUGGAGAAGCAAGAUUACAAACUCAGAAAGGAUGAUUGGUUAUUGUUUGCUCUGUUGGUAGAGAUUAAAUUGCACCUAAAACCACGAAUUAAUUAUCUUUGGACAGUAGAGAUUUUGUUUCCUUCCUUAGAACAAUAUAAUCAUGACAGACCAUGGUUAAUUUUUUACAUUAUACAGACUUAGUAACCAGACCAAGAGAAGGUGCUUCGUACCCACUUUUAUUGGGGGAAUAGUAAAAAGGCUUCUAUUUGUCCAGAGUAUGCUUUGAAAUGGUACAAUUACUGGCAAGGUGGAUGAUUUUCAGGAGUUCUGUAACUGUCCUUUUCAUCUACAAUAUCUCUAUUUUGUACUUGUGCAAAUUUUGAAAAUCCACUCGAAGAAUUCCUAAGACUGAGGAAAGUGAAAGCAAAGUCCCAUGAAAGCCAGAGAUGAUUCGAACAAGCUGUUUCCAUAACCGGAGCCCUCUAACCCCUCCUGCAAGAAAAGUUAGGGGGCUUGAGUUGUUCUCUAAAGAGCCCUCAAUUCAGCUCAGGGGCUGGCACCUUCCAAGGGAAAGCUGCCUAGCAAUCUCACCUAGCUGCUUCACCAAUCUCACGCAAGUAAAAACAUUAGGAGGUAGACUUCGGCGUGUUUCAAAACAAAGCAGACCCUCUCUUCUAAGAACUUGGUUUCCCCUUGGAAAAACAUGCCUGGGUCCAGCAGCUCCCUGGUGCCUCGCUGUACCCGCAGUGACGCUGGACUGGACCCUUCCCCUUGGGGCCACCGGCUUGCAGAAGUCACUGUCAAUACAGGAAUCGGGUGGGUAGUUUUAAAUGCUUCUUUAUUCUUACAAAUACUGUAAAAAUUAAUAUAAAAAAGUGAGCAUGCUCAGUCUUUUCCGUUUAUCUACAAUACAAAGGGUUGGUCUGAAAAGUCAUUUUCCUUUUACAAAUGUACCUUAGCUGCAUCAACAGGAGUAAGAUGUAGAAAAGCUACCAUUAUAAAAAUAAUUUAAGGGAAAAUAAACACAUCUGACUUCUCUCGACGUUCGGUGGUGGUGAGUCCAAGCGGUGUCUUCCCUGUGCUCAACCGUCCCAGAGGAACUGCGGCUGCGGAGCGUGGUCUCCGGACUCCCGCCGGGCGCUCGGCUCCCGGCCGUCGGGACUGAGGUAUCGGUCGUUCGAGUCUCAACCGGCCGCGCGUUACCGGCAGUCGGGCGCCCCGGCGGCCGGCAGGAAGGGCGGGCUGGGCAGCUGCUUGAAAAACUGCCGGAGGCCGGAGAGGUCCCGCGUGAGCUGCUCCACGCGCUGGUGCAGCUUUUCAUUCUCGGCCGACAGCUCCACCAGCUUCUGCUGCAUCUCCUGGUUGCGCCGCUUGGCCUUGUCGCGGCUCUUGCGCACCGCGAUGUUGUUGCGCUCCCGCCGCUGCCGGU